GUUCUUAGUAAAUAUUCACAAUAAUGUUUCCAAUUUUGCAUUUACCAGCGGGAGAGAUCAUGCUUCCAGCUGUAAUUCAAUCUCCGGUCUGAAUGCUCAGUCUCUGCAAGCAACUGUUGAGCUUAGAUUCAGCAAUCUUUUGGAUCAACACAAGCAAGUACUCAUCAUCUUCUUCAGGCUGGAUGACUGUGUUGAAGGAUAAAAUUAGAUGCUCAAUCAAUGGGCGAGGUUUCUUUGUAUCAACUACACUGUCAAGGUAGUCAAAAUUAUUCACAUAGACCGUACAGUAGCUAAUUCACAGCAUUUUCGUGUUGUCUCAAGCCAUGAGGAUCCUUCCAAAAUUUUUAUGUGAUAUUGUGAAGUACUCAAUUUCCACAGUUUUGGCUGCCAUCGGGACGAGUCUUAGCAAAUUUCUGGCAUAAAAGUUAAAGUUUCUGGACAGCUCUAAUUGAGACAUUUUGUAGCUUGCCUCCUCUCAGCUGAGUCAGCAACUUGACUCAAGAGUCCAACUGUCUCGUAUAUCUUUUCCUAGUCGUAUCGAUGCUGAAUAUGACUCAUUGGAUCUUCCGAAACUGAGGAGCUAGUUUCACCAGUUUCAUCAUUGAUUUAUUUGACUUACAAUCUUUUAUGGCCACAGUGGUGUCACUAUGGUUUGUCAGACCAUAAAGGCCGUUGUUAUGCGCAUGAGACAAAGAUUGCAUGCCAUCCUCCUUGAGUUGGGCAACUUGUUGAUGGAGAACAUACUCUGUGUGCGCCUUUUUGCCUUUUCACCUCCACUUGAGAUUGGCAUAAAUCUGGCC